AUGGGAAAUUCCUUAUCGAACACAGCGUUGUUUCGUCCCACGGAGCCAAGUUACAAAGAUGAUCUGAAAAAUCUAGUGUUCAUUCCCGAGUUAAUGGAUAUAGACGUAGACAAAUUUUUGGAAGAUAAAAGAUUCGAAAUAUUUAAUAAAGAAGAAAAUAUAAAAGAGUUAAGUAAAAAAAAAUUUCCAGCCAUCUUUCUAUACUCAAAAAAGCUAAAAACGAAACAUACCAUAAUGUAUUUUCAUAGUAACUCUUGUGAUUUAGGACAAAUAUAUGAUGAAAUGUGUAAUUUAUAUGAUUAUUUGCAUGUGAAUAUUCUGGCCAUAGAAUAUGUAGGGUUUGGUUUAUGUUAUUUGGAAGGUUCCCCAAAUCAGUAUAAUAUUAAUAGAAGAGCCCUAGCUGCAUAUAAUUUUUUAAGGUCUUUAAAUUUAAAAAGUGAACAAAUUUUAUUAUUUGGAAGAUCUAUAGGCACAGGAGUAGCUACCAAAUUAGGAUAUAAUUUAAAAUUAUUGGGAGACAAUGUUGGAGGAAUUAUAUUACAUUCCCCAUAUAUAUCGAUUGAAAAAUUAGUGGAAGAAUAUGUUACUUAUUCUUCAUACAUUAUUGAAAAUAUUUACGACAAUUUUAAAAACUUGUCUCUUCUUAGUAAUAAUGAUGAUUCAGAUACGCCACUUUUGCUUAUACACGGGAAAGAAGAUGAAGUUAUUGGUGUUUCUCAUUCUGAAUUUCUUAUGAAAAAUUUAAAUAACAAAUUUAAAACGGCUUUCUACCCUAGUGACUCAUAUCAUAAUUAUUACUAUGUCAUUGAUGAUCUCGCGGUGCCAACUAAGACCUUCCUAGAUAAGCAAAGCAAAUCACGCCAUGAAAAAUCUGUGGACAUAGUCGUACCAAAGUCUUUUUUCAAAAUAGAGACUGAGACACACAAAAUAACGCACAGAGAAGCAAACGCCAGGGGUUCUAUGUCAGAAAAAGAAGGAAGGAAAUCCGAAGACACCUUAUCAGCAUAUGAUAUGGGGGAAAAAAAAAAAGAAAACAGUAUGAAAGAUAUUGAAAAGAAAAAGAAUGGUGCUAUAUCUUCACAAAUUAAGAAUACCAUUGGAGAAGAUUCAGAGAAAAGGGAAAAACAAUAUAAAGAAAAUUGUACAACAAAAUCAGGAUAUAAAACAAACAAGUUGUUCCAGGAAAAAAGAGAUGCAUCUUCUGAAAUAAGUUCCUCUUCUCGUAAUGAUAAGGAAGUACUAACUGAUAUUAAUGUAGAAGAAAAAAUAAAAAUAUAUAAUAAAUAUAUAUCAAAUGCUAGACCACCAAGCGGAAAAGACAUAACAAGGAAUGAUGUACAAAUCAAUUCCAAUAAUAGCGAAAAAAAGGAUAAUUCUAAUAAAGAUGCAAAAAAAAAUAAUAAUAAAAUUAAUGUAAUAAUAUCUUCAAUAAACGAUGCAGGAUUAAAGAAUUUGAAAAACAAAGACGAAAAGAAACACGAAGUAGUAGGUAUUAAGGCGACAUUUGGAAAUGAUUUAGAACAUCGAAGUAGAAAUAAUCAUAGUGGUUCUGCAUCUGAUAGUGCAAUUGAUCAGAAAAAGAAAACGAAAAUAAUAAGUGAUUCAGAAAAUAAAUAUAAAAAUUGUUAUACGCUCAAAAAAAGGGAACUUAAACAGGAAAUGGAGGAAAGGAAGAUGCCUCAUCAUAAAGGGGAUAAUAAUUCCUCUAAGGGAACUGACAGAAAAAUAAUGGAAAUUAAAAAAUAUGAAAAUAAAGUCGAUUUGGAUAAAUUUAUCAAAAAAAAUGAUGCUACAUCUAAUAAAAACAUACCAAGUUGUCUGAACAAAUGUAAAGACGAAACUAUCGAUCUGGAACAAAAAACAAAAGAACUGCAUAAGGACGAAACGGAAAAAAGGGAAGAAGUUGCAUGA